AUCAGGACGCGUCACCUGUCGGACAGUGUUGAGUUUCUGCGUCGAGCAUCUUCAAGCGCUCUCCGUAGUGCGCUUUUCACGAGGGACUAACUUGUGACACCGUUUGAAAUGUCACCGGACAGCUGAGAACUUCGAUUUCAGCCUAUUGACAGGAUUUAACCGAGAGGAAAAACUUCGCUUGCCAUGUCUCUCCUGUGCGUGAGAGUUAAGAAAGCCAAACUGCAAGGGCCUCUGGAUAAAUUCAAUGCCUAUGUGACGCUGAAAGUGCAAAAUGUGAAGAGUACCACCAUCACUGUGCGAGGAGACCAGCCGUGCUGGGAGCAGGACUUCAUGUUUGAGAUCAGCCGGCUGGACCUGGGCCUCAUCGUGGAGGUGUGGAACAAAGGGCUCAUCUGGGACACCAUGUUAGGAACUGCCUGGAUCCCACUGAAAAGCAUCUGCCAUUCAGAUGAGGAGGGCCCUGGUGAAUGGAUAUUUCUUGACUCUGAAGUUUUGAUGAAGGCAGAUGAGAUUUAUGGGACUAAAAACCCGACACCACAUCGAGUCCUUCUGGACACUCGAUUUGAACUGCCCUUUGAAAUCCCAGAGGAUGAGGCUCGAUACUGGACUGGUAAACUGGAGCGCAUCAAUGCUAUGGGCAUUCAUGAUGAGUUUCCUCUACAGGAUGAAGUAGUGGGACGUCCUCUGCCCUGUGCUGCUUCUCAGUGCUCUUUGGAUGACCUGGAUAGCGCGGUGGAAGAUAGAGACAGUGACUACAGGAGUGAAACGAGCAGUAGUUUGCCUCCCCGCUACCACACCACAGCCCAGCCCAACUCAUCACUUCACCAGUAUCCCAUGGGACCACGCUUUCAGCAGCACAUGGACUCUUGUGCUGACUCUUUGCACAGCUUUGAAUUUGACUAUAGGGAUCACCAUGCAAGCAGUCCUGUGAACUCUAGUCGUUUUGGGUCUUCAGGGAAUCUCAGUCAAGCUAGUUCACAGCUCAGUGAGACUGGUCAAGAGAGUGCUGCCUGUUCAGAGUUAGAGGAGUCCUACCAUUCUUAUCACAGUACCGGCUACCGACCAUCCCGAAAUGGACAUCACCCUACCAAUGGAAUUUCUUCUUGGGGCGAAGAUGAGGGAUUGAAAUCCUCUCAAGAAAACGGAAAGGGUAUAAGCAGCACGUUAAAAAAGGAAGUGGUUUCUCAAGUGGACAAAAUGCCUGAGAAAUCACCCAAAAGCUUUAAGGAUGAUGGGCUUCCUUUACCAUUCUCUCCAUCCAGAGUGCGCUGGCUUAAGGCCAUCAACAAAGUGAGAGUUCAGCUUAAGGAGGGCAAAGAAAAUGGAGAUAAUUCCAGGCAUGCUUGGGUUAAAGCUGGAAAUGGGAGUGGAAUAUUUGGAAUUGACAGUAUGCCAGACCUGCGGAAGAAGAAAGCUAUUCCUCUGGUUAGCGAUGUGUCUCUGGUCCAAGCCAGGAAGGCUGGUAUUGCAUCUGCGAUGGCCUCACGCUCCUCCAUAAAAGAUGAGGAACUGAAGAACCAUGUGUAUAAGAAAACUCUACAAGCUUUAAUCUACCCCAUUUCUUGUACCACACCUCACAAUUUUGAAGUGUGGACAGUCACAACGCCAACCUACUGUUACGAGUGUGAGGGUCUGCUUUGGGGCAUUGCUCGGCAAGGUAUGCGUUGUACCGAAUGCGGGGUCAAGUGUCACGAGAAAUGUCAGGAGCUGCUGAAUGCGGACUGCCUACAGCGUGCGGCUGAAAAGAGCUCAAAACAUGGUGCUGAGGACCGCACUCAAAAUAUCAUCAUGGCCAUGAAGGACCGCAUGAAGAUCCGUGAGAGGAACAAACCUGAGAUCUUUGAGGUCAUCCGAGAUGUGUUUGUGGUCAGCAAGGCCAUCCAUGCUCAGCAGAUGAAGACCAUCAAGCAGAGCGUCCUGGAUGGGACCUCAAAGUGGUCAGCCAAGAUCACCAUCACAGUUUUCUGUGCUCAAGGGCUGCAGGCCAAAGAUAAGACUGGCUCCAGUGACCCCUACGUGACCGUUCAGGUGGGCAAAACCAAAAAGAGAACCAAGACGAUCUACGGCAACCUCAAUCCUGUCUGGGAGGAGAAGUUUCAUUUUGAAUGCCACAACUCCUCUGAUCGCAUCAAAGUCCGUGUUUGGGAUGAAGACGAUGAUAUAAAGUCACGAGUGAAACAGAGAUUAAAGAGGGAAUCAGAUGACUUCCUAGGCCAAAGCAUCAUUGAAGUGCGCACACUGAGUGGAGAAAUGGACGUCUGGUACAACCUGGAGAAAAGAACAGACAAGUCUGCAGUUUCUGGUGCCAUCCGUCUUCAGAUAAGUGUUGAAAUUAAGGGUGAAGAGAAAGUGGCCCCGUACCACGUCCAGUACACCUGUCUGCAUGAGAAUCUCUUUCAUCAUAUCACAGAUGUCCUCGGACAGGGAGUGGUCAAAAUCCCAGAAGCCCGUGGCGACGAUGCCUGGAAGGUCUACUUUGAUGACGUGCCGCAAGAGAUUGUGGAUGAAUUUGCAAUGCGCUAUGGGAUUGAGUCCAUCUACCAAGCAAUGACGCACUUUGCGUGUCUCUCGUCUAAGUAUAUGUGUCCCGGUGUCCCUGCUGUGAUGAGCACCCUGCUGGCCAACAUCAACGCCUACUACGCCCACACCACCGCAUCCACUAAUGUUUCCGCCAGCGACAGAUUUGCUGCAUCCAACUUUGGGAAAGAAAGGUUUGUCAAGCUCUUGGAUCAACUGCACAAUUCUCUGCGGAUUGACCUCUCAAUGUAUCGAAACAACUUCCCUGCGAGCAGUAAGGACCGUUUACAAGACCUCAAGUCAACAGUAGAUCUUCUGACCAGCAUCACCUUCUUUAGAAUGAAGGUCCAGGAGCUGCAGAGUCCUCCGAGAGCCAGUCAGGUCGUGCGAGACUGUGUCAAAGCCUGCCUCAACUCCACAUACGACUACAUCUUCAAUAACUGUCAAGAGCUGUACAGUCGCCAGUAUCCUCAGAUUGGAGACACGCAUAAGGAUGAUUGUUCUCCAGAAGAUCAAGGUCCGAGUAUCAAGAAUCUGGACUUCUGGCCUAAACUCAUUACACUUAUCGUGUCCAUCACUGAAGAGGACCGUAACUCCUACACCCCUGUCCUGAACCAGUUCCCUCAGGAGCUGAACGUGGGCAAGCUGAGCGCUGAGGUCAUGUGGAACCAGUUCUCUCAGGAUAUGAAGUACGCCAUGGAAGAGCAUGAGAAGCAUCGGCUGUGUAAGAGCGCAGACUACAUGAACCUGCACUUCAAGGUCAAAUGGCUGUAUAAUGAAUAUGUGAAGGAUCUGCCUGCCUUUAAGGGAAUUGUGCCUGAUUAUCCCACCUGGUUCCAGCAGUUUGUGCUGCAGUGGCUGGAUGAGAAUGAGGAUGUGUCCAUGGAGUUCAUGCAUGGAGCCCUGGAGAGGGAUAAAAAAGAUGGAUUUCAGCAGACAUCUGAGCACGCGCUCUUCUCCUGCUCGGUGGUGGACGUCUUCACACAGCUCAACCAGAGCUUCGAGAUCAUCAAGAAACUGGAGUGUCCCGACCCCAAAGUCAUGGCCCUUUACAGCCGCCGAUUCGCCAAGACCAUCGACAAAGUCCUGCUUCAGUACAGUGCCAUAUUGAAGAAGAGCUUCCCGUCCUACUGCGAUAAGGAGAAGAUUCCGUGCGUCCUGAUGAAUAAUGUCCAGCAGUUGCGUGUCCAGCUUGAGAAGAUGUUCGAGUCUAUGGGUGCCAAACAGCUGGACACUGAGGCCAGUGACCUCCUGAACGAUCUGCAGGUCAAGCUGAACAACGUCCUGGAUGAGUUGAGCAGCACCUUCGGAAACACUUUCCAGAGUCGUAUUGAUGACUGCAUGCGCCAGAUGGCAAGUCUGCUGUACCAGAUCAAGGGUCCCGUCAACACCAACAACAAGAACCAGGUGGAGGCCGAUUCUGAUAACAUGCUGCGACCGCUGAUGGACUUCCUGGAUGCAAAUCUGAUGCUGUUUGCCUCAGUGUGUGAGAAAACUGUGCUGAAGAGAGUCUUAAAGGAGCUGUGGAGGAUCGUCAUGAACAGUUUGGAGAAAACCAUCAUCCUUCCUCAAGGAAACGACACCUUUGGAAUGAUCUUUUCAGCGGCUAAAGAACUGGGUCAGCUCUCCAAACUCAAGGAUCACAUGUCUGGUGAAGCCAAAAGCCUCACACCCAAGCAGUGUGCGGUCAUGGAUGUGGCCCUUGAGACCAUAAAGCAAUACUUCCAUGCUGGAGGAAAUGGUUUAAAGAAGGCCUUCCUGGAGAAAAGUCCCGAACUGUCCUCUCUGAGACAUGCGCUGUCUCUCUACACCCAGACCACAGACACGCUCAUCAAGACAUUUGUCACUUCACAACAUGCUCAAGGCUCAGGAGUUGAUAAACCAGUAGGGGAAGUGUCCAUACAGAUCGACCUCUUCACUCACCCGGGCACAGGAGAGCAUAAAGUUACAGUUAAAGUCGUAGCUGCUAAUGAUCUGAAGUGGCAGACAUCUGGGAUGUUCAGGCCGUUUGUUGAGAUCACCAUGAUCGGCCCUCACCUCAGCGACAAAAAGCGCAAGUUCACCACCAAAUCCAAGAAUAACAGCUGGGCGCCCAAAUUCAACGAGACCUUCCAUUUCAUUCUGGGUAAUGAGGACGGGCCGGAGUGCUACGAGCUGCAGGUGUGUGUAAAGGACUAUUGUUUCGGUCGAGCGGAUCGCGUGGUGGGCAUCGCCGUCAUCCAGCUGCGGGAUGUGGCGCCGAGGGCCAGCUGUGCCUGCUGGUGUCCUCUGGGGCCCCGAAUACACAUGGACGACACGGGCCUCACCGUCAUGCGGAUCCUGUCCCAGCGCUCAGGGGACGAAGUGGCCAAAGAGUUUGUCAAACUCAAGUCUGACACACGCUCGGCUGAGGAGGGCAGGUGAGGAUCAUCCCAGACAGAAAGAGACAAUCUGAAAAACACCGUCACUUCUGUGUCCCACUAAACACACCCCUGUCCUGCAGAAAAGGGCUCUUAAAAGCACGGGAGAGUUUCAUUUAGGGAACUGGUGCUGUGGGUAGUGGAUGAAAGGGAGUCAUCUCUAUGAAACAGAAUCAACACUUUGAUUUUAUUUUGUAAAUGUGGAUGUAUGGUGGAAGAUACACAGCCAGGCACUGGCAAGCUAGGGCUAUUCAGGGUUGAUGGCGCCUUGUUUUAUGGAAAACAAGAUUGUGAGAGAUUUUCCUACCGUAUAUUUCAUACAGAAAUGUGUGUUUGGACAAAUCUCAUGAAAACAGACCAUAUUUAUCCCACCAAUGCUUAAAUAUGAAAUAUAAUAUCAAAUAAGGAAUAUUGAACUUUAUAUUAAUAUAUUUACAUUUAUAAAAGGAAGCCUGUUUUAGGACUCUUUUCCAUCAUUUUCUGGAAUAUUACAAUAAUUUUCUUCAUUAAAUUCUCAAUUUUAUUUAAAGGUGAUUUUUAUUUCAGGGAAAAAAUACUGUAAUGCAAUACAUGUUUAUUUAUUUCUAGUAUUAAAUACUGCACAAAAAUGUAUGAUGACAUAG